CAUAUCCUUCAAAUGAAAUUCAUGAGUGAUAUUUUUCGUGGAGCAAAUUUAAGCCUCAUAGACGAAGUAUUCCAGGCAUGGCCCUCCUCACACCAAUCAAGCCUUCCCCGUAGACUACGGAUGCCGGAGCAACUAGAGCCGAACUACUUGGAUGAGCCGGAGACGUUCUCUGUUCGGCGAUUUGUGUUCAAGCUCAUUAAGAUCGGGGUGCUGCUGCUGAUCUGGGGAUUCUUCACCUACGUUCUGGUUCGGAUCUCAACAGUGCCGGAAUAUACGUCGGUGGUCACCGUUUUGCCCAACGAAACCCAGCUAAGCCGGAUAAAAUUGCCAAACGAUGCCACGAAGAUAACUUUAAGUGGUCCCAUCGAUUUGAAUUUGCUGAAGAAAAAAGGUGACGCCAAGGAUACGCCAUAUGUGGGUCUACGAGUUGAAUGGCGGGAUCGGGACUUGAAUGAGACAUUCCGUCGCUCCAAAAUGUGGACUAUCUACCUCCUGAAAGACGAUAGUCUUUUCACGGCAGCCACUAACACCUUUAAGAUCAAGCCGACGGCAAACAGCAAUGCCAAGGCAGUGAUUUCACUGGAAGGCAGGAACGAGGAGCCGGUGUCCCUUCUCAUGGAGGUCUGUUCCCAUCCCAUGAUUACCGAUUACGGAGUUCUCUACGCCGCCUUGCUGCUACUAGGUCUAUAUAUCCUGAUCGUUUUUGAGCUCACGGAUCGCACAUUCGCCGCUCUCCUGAUGGCCACCACUGGGAUAGCGAUCCUCACGGCGUUGGGGAAUCGACCCAGUCUGGAAAAUAUCAUCGCCUGGAUUGAUUUCGAGACGCUGAUGCUGCUCCUAGGAAUGAUGAUACUCGUGGCCAUAAUGUCGGAGACGGGAAUCUUCGACUGGAUGGCUGUGCUGGCCUAUAGGAUCUCCAAGGGUCAUCCCUGGCCGCUGCUUAUUCUAUUGAGUUCCAUCACUGCCAUCAUGUCCUGUGUCCUGGACAAUGUGACCAUGCUGCUUCUAAUGGCGCCCAUUGCGAUCCGUUUGUGCGAGGCCAUGAGUGUGCAGACACCUCUUGUCCUUAUAGUGGUGGUGAUGUACUCGAAUAUCGGUGGCACCCUCACUCCGGUGGGUGAUCCUCCCAAUGUGAUCAUAGCCACCAAUCCGGUGGUGAUUGCCCAGGGCAUUGACUUUCUCGUCUUCACCCUGCACAUGCUGCCCGGAGUUUUGAUGGCAUUGAUAGCUGGCUUCGGGGUCUUCUAUCUGACCAUGAGGAAAUCCCUGUUCAAGCUGCAGGAUCGUCAGAUUGAGUUGGCUGCAGAAAGGGAGGCCAAUAGACGAAGGAUGAGUGCGGAAAUUUCAGCUCGAGCGAUGGAAAUGCGGGAUCGCCAGCCGACAAAACCUUGUCUGAAGCCCUCGGCAAACUAUUUCGAGACCCUGGCCCAUCUUGAGGCACAUCAUCGGAUUCGCAACAAGACGCUGCUGAUCAAGUGCAUGUUCACUUUGGUCUUUGUGGUCAUCUGCUUUCUGCUGCACUCCCUGCCCUUCAUGGCAGGCGCCACCUUGGGUUGGGUGGCCAUGCUGGCCGCCUUCCUGCUCCUCAUUCUGGCCAAGAUGAACGACAUCGAGGAGAUACUUGACCAGGUAGAAUGGUCGGCCCUACUAUUCCUGGCCGCCCUUCUAGUGCUCACCGAGGCGGUGGCCCAGUUGGGUUUCAUCCACUGGUUGAGUGAGCAUACGGUCAGUGUGAUCAUGAGCGUGGAGGAGAAGCACCAGACCACGGUGGGCAUUCUGGUGAUCCUCUGGCUGACCGCCUUCCUGGCGGCCUUUGUCGGCAAUGUCCCGGUGACAACGAUGAUGCUCCGGCUGACCAUCGAGCUGCACCACAAUGAUGCGAUCAGUGUGCCCCAUACGCCUCUCAUAUGGGCCCUGUCCUACGGCGCCUGUUUCGGGGGCAAUGGCACUUUGAUUGGGGCCUCGGCCAAUGUGGUCGCCGCUGCGAUCGCCCACCAGUAUGGCUAUAAGAUCUCCUUCGUCCAGUUCUUCAUCUACGGCUUCCCCAUGAUGCUGGCCACGGUUUCCCUAGCUACGGUCUACCUCCUCAUCGCCCACUCGGUGUUCACCUGGCACAAAACGUAGUUUCCCUGGUUCCAACUCCAUUAGAAGGCCCUUCUCGGAGUUGCGAUAGAUGGGAUGUACAGUCUAUCUAGACGCUACUCCGAUAAGAGUCUCAUUAUGGGUUGUUGUGAUCCUGAGAUACGUGUAUCGGUGUGCUCGACCGAAGUUAUCGAUUUGGAUCGCCUGUAAAAUACCAUGUACAUUUUGUAAAGUAUAAAGUGAAACUCUCGAUUUAUGU